AUGAUCUUCGCAGCCCGCCAACUUCAGGAGAAGUGCCAGGAGAUGCAGACCCACCUGUACUCUACCUUUGUGGACCUGACGAAAGCCUUCGACACGGUGAAUCGUGAAGGACUGUGGAAGAUCAUGCAGAAAUUCGGCUGUCCGGAGCGAUUCACUCAGAUGGUGCGUCAGCUGCACGACGGUAUGAUGGCGCGAGUCACGGACAACGGAGCUGUCUCAGAGGCAUUCGCAGUGACCAACGGAGUGAAGCAGGGCUGUGUGCUGGCGCCUACCCUCUUCAGUCUCAUGUUCUCUGCCGUGCUGAUGGACGCCUACCGCGACGAACGCCCCGGGAUCCGCAUCGCCUACAGAACGGACGGUCAUCUCCUGAAUCAACGGCGCAUGAACUUCCAAUCGCGUGUAUCCACAGCCACCGUGCACGAACUCCUCUUCGCCGACGACUGCGCCCUGAACACCACCUCGGAAGAGGAGAUGCAACGGAGCAUGGACCUAUUCUCCGCCGCCUGCGAGAACUUCGGUCUGAUCAUUGACACGCAGAAGACGGUGGUGAUGCGCCAACCGCCGCCCAACUCAGCCACAGCCCCCAACGCGCCGCACAUCAACGUGAAUGGGACCCAACUGCAAGUGGUGGAGAACUUCCCGUAUCUGGGCAGUACCCUCUCCCGCAACACCAAGAUUGAUGACGAAGUCGCCAACAGGAUCUCGAAAGCCAGUCAAGCCUUCGGACCCCUCCAAAGCACAGUCUGGAAUCGCCACGGUCUCCAACUGAGCACAAAGCUGAAGAUGAACAAGGCCGCCAUCCUGCCGACGUUACUGUACGCAGCAGAGACAUGGACGAUGUACACGAGACAGGCACGCCGACUGAAUCACUUGCACCUCAGUUGUCUCCGUCGCAUCCUGAGGCUGAACUGGCAGGAUCGAAUCCCCGACACGGAAGUACUGGAACGAACGGGAAUCCCCAGCAUCUACGCCAUACUGAAACAAAUGCAGCUGCGCUGGAGCGGCCACCUGGUGCGCAUGGACGACGAGCGACUACCCAAACGACUCUUCUACGGAGACGUCGCGACGGGUUCUCGUCGUCAAGGAGGCCAGUUUCGCCGUUACAAGGAUACCCUGAAGUCCUCCUUGAAGCACCUGCAAAUCAACCCGACCAACUGGGAAGAUCUCGCCCGCGAUCGUCCGACAUGGAGGAGAACAGUGAAGACGGGCGCUGCUAUCUACGAAACCAACCGAAUCGCCGCCGCCAAAGCGAAACGCGAAGCCCGCAAAUCACAACUUCGCCCAGUCCGCAACGCCGCCGCACAACCUCCCCCUACGUGUCCUCGAUGUCAACGGACAUUUCGGGCACGAAUCGGACUUGUUGGACAUCUUCGAAUCAACUGUGCCUCUCGAACUGCUCCAGCCAUCGUCCCCCGCCCGCCUCUUCCUCGUCCUCUCUACCACCAACUAACUCUGAUAACUCUUCUGAACCACCACUUCCAUCCUCCUCGUCGUCCACCUCCUCCUCCCUCUCCACUGCCCCAGCAGCGGCCGUUCAGACUGCUUCCUCUACAGCUGACACCGACACCGCCGACCUCUCAUGCCCACAUUGUUCACGCACCUUCACCUCGCGCAUCGGCUUGGUCGGUCACUUGCGAAUCCAUCGCACAGAGACUGGCGAACUAG